AUGAACACCACCGGAGUAAAUCAGUACAAUUCCAAGUUCGUUGCGCGCAGUUUGGCGAAGAAAGUAUACCAACGCUCUACUCGUCACUGUGUCUCGAUUCAGCGUUCUUCACGGUCGAAGAUGGUAAGCGAGGAAGAAGUAAAUUACGAAAUAGGGCAGCGCAUAGAAACACAAGAAGAUGCUGCGGUUUUUAUAAAGGCAGAAACGGAAAAGGGAACAAUCUUGAGCGAGCGUGGGUACGGUGCGUGCAAACCGCCAUUCUCGUACUGGCCGUACUUUUUGCGGUGUGCAAAUCGGCCGUUUGAUGCUACGAACGAUAGAGAAGGAUACAUUAAUCUCGCAGUUGCUCAAAAUUUCCUCGCCAAACAAGACGUGCAGGACAAAGUGAAAGAGAUAUGUAAGAAUAACGAAAACGAUGCUUUGAUAUUUGGCCUCGAGGCGGCUGGUUAUGACAAUAUGAAGGGAAUCGAAAGAUUGAGGAAAGCGUUCAGUAAUCACGCUAAUAGAAUAAUUUCUCCAAACUUCGCGUGGCACGAGGACGACGUGUGCGUAUCCUCGGGCGUCGGCGCUUGCAUUGACAACCUAGUCUUUGCGAUUGCAGACUCGAAUGAUUUCAUUCUUAUUCCAGCACCUUAUUAUCCAGCAUUCACAAACGAUUUAGGAGUUCGCUGUAGAGUACGAGCCGUGCCUGUAUAUAAUUCGAGCGGAGAUGUGACAGUGCUACCCUCGCUCGAAGAUUUUAAACGUGCCGAAGAAAACGCCGUCGGCGAAGGCGAAGGAAUGUGUCGGGCGUUACUCUUAACAAACCCGAACAACCCUUUAGGAAUUAUAUAUGAGCCAGGAGACUACAGAAGGUGUGUUGAUUGGGCACUGGAGAAACAAAUUCACUGUAUUUCGGAUGAGGUAUACGCCGGAAGCAUUUACGAUAGCGAAAUGAACGCGAAGACGCGCGGCUUUAUCAGCGCUGCGGAGCUGGUCGAAGAGCACACUCCCUACGGCCCGCAUAUACUCACCGGGCUCUCGAAGGACUUUUGUGCAUCAGGUUACAGAGUAGGAGCUAUAUUAACAAAAUCAAAACCUGUGCAAACUGCACUGUCGAACGUUUCUUACUUUUGUGCCGUUCCGGGACCGUUUCAACACGUGAUUGCGGCAAUGCUUGAAGAUGAAGUUUGGGUCGAUGAGCUUUUCUCAAUGAAUAGAACGCGUUUGAAGCAAUCGCGAGAUGUGCUCGUCGCGUCGUUAAAUGAAAAAAAGAUACCUCACAUCGUUCCAAACGCAGGCUUAUUCAUUUGGAUUGAUUUAUCCAACGAGUUGAAAGAGCAAACAUUCGAAGAAGAAAAGAAACUAUGGAAAAUUUUAUUCGAAGAGACGCAUCUCAUGCUCACUCCAGGUAAAGACGCAAAGAACAAGAAACCGGGGACUUUCCGUGCAUGUUUUGCAGCGACGCCGUUUGAGUCUCUGAAAGUCGCAAUCGAACGAAUAUCAACUGGAUUGGAAAUGUAUAGAAAUUUGUAG